UCCUACCUGCACAACCAUGAGCACUGUGCUGCGGUGGAGAUCAACUUGGGAUGUUGUCGCUACCCUCCUCCUGAGCAGCUGACCCAGAUGUGGCAACAGGUGCAACAGGCUUUGAUGUCGGUCAUUUACGAGGCUAGAAAAGGAAUAUUUGGAGUAGUUGUUGACGAAGACUCUAAAGUGCCUCUGCCUAAAGUCCGUGUUGAGGCUGUGCCAUCUGGAUACAUCCAGUACACGGAUGACCAAGGGCGGUUUGCAUUUUACCUUCCAAAUGGGACAUACACUUUAAAAACUAUGGCUGUCGGCCAUAGAGAUACACAAAUGGAUGUGCGGGUGCUGCUAGGACCAAAUGCCCGUGAGGUGAUGGUGUUCAUGAACUCGAGAACUUGGCUGCUCGGGAUGUCGCCGAUGCUGACAGUCACUAUUGUUG